AUGCCCGGAAACGACACGACGCAUCAGCAUCACAACGGAGGAGGUUUCGAUUUGCUGCGCAGGGCAACACAAGCCAUGAUGUCUAAAGGCAAAAAAUCCGGACUCGAAGCAUCUUCGGGACGAUGGGACGCGGCAAAGAGUGGCGACCGGCGCUCUCACAUUGCGACUGGUGAGGGGGCGUACGACCCAGCAAAGACGAAAGGGCCAGCCUGGCUUGCACGGCUGGCCGCUCAGUCCAGCAGCAAACAGACCGCUAGCUGCUCUCUCUGGCAUCGCCGCCAAUGGCUACAAGGUGGCUCCGCCCCAGCGCCGGGCUUUAUUAUGGGCCGAAGAGGGGAGGGGCAAAGAGGAGAGAGGGAGAGUCAGAGAGCAAAGAAGAAGCCAAGAGGCAAAACGGCUGUCCACCAUACUACCACACCCGCCACACUCCACGCCAACACGCCUCCCAGCGGUCUACGUCGACUUUUGCGAGUCAGCCUAGCCGCAGCGGUCUUUUGGAAUGCAGGCGGCGCUGGAACCCGCUGCCACCUCCUGGUGAACCUUUUUGGUGGCUCCCAGUGUCUCGGUGUCUUGGUGCAGACUCUGCAGAGGCUUCUUGGGUUCCGCUGGCUUGCAGCCACUUGGUCCGAGCUUGCUUCUCGUGUGCUUCUGGCUUGCUUCCAUUUCUAUUCUUGUCUCGCCGAAUCGCAAUCCGCUCUAACCGGCACGCCCAUCCACACCCGCACCCAGUUCUCAGUAUUGCUACUCGGUAGCCGGUGCAGCCACUCCCACACUACUGGUGCAGCCAGCAUUUUUGGCUAA